AUGGAUUGGCCGGCUCUCACCUGCUGCACCACGGUCAUGAUCCUUCUCUUCCUGCCGUUGAGUGCAUCCGACGACCAGCUUGUCCUCGGCAAGCCGCUCUUGUCGGACGCCAUCAUCGUCUUCGAUGGUGGUGCCUUUGCUUUGGGGUUCUUCGCCCCUUCCAACUCCACUCCGGCCAAGCUGUACCUUGGCAUAUGGUACAAUGGCAUUCCCGAGCUCACUGUGGUGUGGGUCGCCAACCGAGAAACCCAGCUCAUUAAGAACACUUCCUCUUCACCGAUGCUCUCGCUCACCAACACCUCCAAUCUCAUUCUCUCUGAUGGUGAUGGUGGCGGCCGUGUCAUCUGGACUACCCAGGUGGCCACUACCCCGGCCUCGUCUACCUCGACGGCGGUGCUUUUGAAUAACGGCAACUUCGUUAUUCGCUCGCCAAACGGCACCAUGCUGUGGCAGAGCUUCAAACACCUGACAGACACGCUCCUUUCAGGGAUGAAGAUCCGGUUUAGAUAUGUGAUACAUGGCGAAGAAGAGCGCCUGGUGUCUUGGAAGGGCUCCGACGACCCCUCACCAGGACAUUUCUCCUACGGUGGUGACACAAACACUUUGCUCCAGUUCUUCCUUUGGGACGGGGCGCGACCGGUGGCCCGCAGCGCCCCGUGGACGGGCUACCUUGUGAAGACCGAGCAGCGGUACCAGCAGGCGAACACCAGCACAGAAGUCAUCGUCUACCUGGCCGUCGUCGACAGCGAAAAGGAAAUCUACAUGACCUACAGCCUCUCCGACGGUGCCCCACGCACCAGGUUUGUGCUAACUCACUCCGGCCAUUAUCAACACCACAGUUGGAGCAAUAGGUCGUUGACGUGGGAGGUCCUUGGGCAGUGGCCGUCCGCCGAAUGUAGCAGCUACGGCUACUGUGGCCCAUAUGGCUAUUGCGACGAGACAACAGCACCAGUCCCAACGUGCAAGUGCCUAGAUGGUUUUGAGCCGGCAAACAUGGAGGAGUGGACCAGCGGCAGGUUCUUGUCAGGGUGCCGGCGGAAACGGCCAUUGGGUGGGUGCGGUGACGGCUUCUUGGCCUUGCCAGGGAUGAAGUCACCAGACGGGUUUGCGCGCAUCGGCGGUAGUAGGAGUAAAAGGAUAAAGGGCAAUGCAGUGAGAAUUGUACUGCCAGUUUUAGGCAGCAGUGUUCUCGUACUCAUCUUCCUGGCAUGGUUAAAAUUAAAAGGAAAUAAAAUAAUAAGGAGAAAGCACAAGAAUAUAAGAUUGAAUGGUAUGAGUACCUCUGACGAACUUGGGGAAGAAUAUCAUGAUCAAGAAAUUCCUUUUGUAAGAUUAGAAGAAAUUGCCCUUGCAACUCAUGAUUUCUCUGAAACAUGUAUUAUUGGAAAGGGAGGCUUCGGGAAAGUUUAUAAGGGAAUUUUAGGUGGUCAAGAAGUUGCAGUCAAGAGGCUAAGCAAAGAUUCUCAUCAAGGAACACACGAAUUCAAGAACGAAGUAAUUUUAAUUGCCAAAUUGCAACAUAGAAACUUGGUUCGCCUUCUCGGAUGUUGUGGCGAGGGAAAUGAAAAGAUCCUAAUAUAUGAAUAUCUUCCUAACGGAAGCUUAGAUGCCAACCUCUUCGAUGAGUCCAAAAAAUUGUUGUUGAACUGGCGAACACGGUUUAGUAUAAUCAAAGGGGUUGCAAGGGGUCUUCUCUAUGUUCAUGAAGAUUCCAGGUUAACCAUAAUUCACAGGGAUCUCAAGGCUGGAAAUGUUUUGCUAGAUGCAGAUCUGAAACCUAAGAUAGCAGAUUUUGGUAUGGCGAGGCUCUUUGGUGAUAACCAACAAAAUGCAAACACCCAACAUGUUGUCGGAACAUAUGGCUACAUGGCCCCUGAGUAUGCACUGGAAGGCAUUAUCUCUAUGAAGUCUGAUGUCUAUAGCUUCGGCGUGUUACUACUAGAAGUUGUAACCGGUAUAAGGAGAAACUCUAAUGGUCACACGAUGAGUUUCCCUAGUCUAACAGUUUAUGCAUGGAAUAUGUGGAAGGAAGGGAAGACAGAGGAAUUGGCAGACUCGACUCUGCUGGAUAACUAUUCACCAGAUGAAGUUUUGCUCUGCAUCCAUGUGGGACUCAUGUGUGUCCAAGAAAACCCAGAUGACAGGCCACUCAUGUCAAAUGUUGUGUUUGCCUUGGAGAAUGGAAGCACAACACUUCCAACCCCCAACAUCCCUGCCUACUUUGCACGACGAAGCGCGGAAAUAGAGCAAAUCAGGGUCGAUAUUCAAAACUCUGUGAAUAGUUUUACUCUUUCAGAGAUACAAGGGCGGUGA